AUCAAGAAUGGCAUUUUCCAUUAAUUUUUUUUGCUUGAUUGAGGUUUUAAAUACAUACUGAAUAUCCUUACAUUUUUUCACAUAAAAGCCUGAACGAUUACAAAUAUCACUCUGUUUGUUAAUGCCCUCUGCAGCCAUGUAUGGAUGACAGUACGUGACAUAUAUAAAGACAAUUCUUAUUUGUUUUAAAGUCAGUUUUCCAUUUUUGAAAUUCUAGUUCACUAGAAAAGUGAAGAUCUCCUUGUUCUAUUUUAUUAGCAUGAUAUUCUUCAAAAUGAAGAAUUAAAUUGGAUUUUACAGAACUUUCGUUACAAAAACUGUACUUACAGUUUCCAUUCCUUUUUCCAAUGUCAAUGUCUUUUGUAUGAAUUUUUUUAUGUUUACUAAGAUUUUGUAAAUGUGAAAACUUUUUGAACCAAAAUAAUAUCCCCUAUCUUUCUGUAUACAAUAAUAGCCAAGAAGCACUAAAUAGAAGUUUUUUCCUUACCUGGAUGAAACUUAUGCCCGGUUGCACCAACAGAUCCUAAGCUUAAGUCGAGAAUAUCAUAAGAAUUAAUAUAAUAUAAUUAUAAUAUAUUACAAUAAGAAUACCAUAAUAUAGUAAUAAAUAUAAUUGAUAAUAAGGUAAGAAUCUAAAAUUAUGGUGCAACGUAAAUGAUACUCAAGGAGGCCCUAUCUAUAAGUAGAGCUUAGCUAAGCUUGAGCUUAAGAUAUGUUGGUGCAACCAGGCAUUAGUGACAUGCUUUUUAAAUUCUAAUAUUUAGAGAACUUUUUUAGUUUUGAGACAUCUGUUACAAAAUGCAAUACACUUGAAUGUUUUGUUGUGUGCAAUUACAUAUUUGUCGAGUUGAUCUAAAAUUACAAGAAAUAAUACAAUAUAAUGACAAUAUGUAUAACAAAGAGAAAUCUUUAAUAUAUUCCAUUAUAUAUUCCUAUUUUAGCAAAACUGGUUUAAAAUAAUAGUAGGUAAUAGUUAGUAAAUAAUAAUCUUAACCUCAAAAUAUUGUAGGCCUUUUUAUCUAUAUACUAGAACUAGAUUAUUCUGAAAGCAAUUUAUGAUAUUAUGCCUGUCUUGUGUUAAAAAUGAAUAACCAUUUUCAAUUUUUUUUAAUCAAAUAAACAAAUUUAAACAAAUAAACAUUUUUUUAAUCUUAUUAGUGUUUGAAUCAUGUUUGAAUUUCGCGGCAUUUUAUUUUACAUUGGAAUAGAACUGUCACAACUUUGACCUUGUGGAAGCCAAGGAGCCAAAAAUUUUAUAAUUUCUAGACGCGAGUUUUUGCGUGGUAGUACUAGAACUAGACCAUUAAUAGUAGAACUUUAGUUAUGGAACUUAUAAACAAUUACAAAGUUUUUUUUUAUCUCUUAAUUAUUUCAGAUUCAGGAGCUAUGAGCUUAAGCCCAGAUGCACCUCAGGUACGGCUCUUGAAUAUUCAAGUCUAUAUUCACGGAUCCUGGCCGGAUAGCCCUGGCAGCUAAGGCCAUUUAAAUGAAGAGAAGAAGAAGAUCAAACAAAGGUUGGAUGAAUGCUCUGAGUGCAACUGUUUUUUAAAAAUAUAAAAUUAACUAACAAUAAUAAAAAAAUUAAACUAUUAAAAGUUAAUAAUUGUAUGCAAAAAUGUAGUUACCUACUGUUAAGGGACGUUAUUUCAAUACCUGUUUUUGAAAUACUACUUAUAAAAAUAUUUGACAUUUAAGUAAACCCUCAACUCAAACACAGGAAUCAUGCCCAAAAGAAAAAGAGAAUAUAAUUUUAAAUCUACAAAAGGUGGUAAGAAUAAUGGAGAAAAUUCUCAAUCAGAAUUUCAACGUUUACGCCAUCCACGUGGACUUAAAGGCAGACAAAUUGGUUUAUGGUACGCCCAACAUAACAAGCUUAGGCGGAAUACACAAACACAGCCUCCACAACGUCCACAUGAAAAACCCUUAGGAAAAAUUAUCAUUUCUGAAACUAAAGUAAGACAAAUUCGAGAAUUUUUACUAACUACUUCAUUAGAGAGCGAAUUUGUCAAUGACAUAAAUAUAGAAGAAUCUGCAUUUAAGAUGUCCUAUUUAUCAAAUAUAAGAGGUAGUAUAAUAGACAAACUUUCUAAGUGUUGUACAACUGCUCCGCAUAAUUCUGAUUUAGAUAAUAGACUAUAUGAUGAAUACCAGCAUAUGGUAAAUAUCCCUUCAUAUAAGAUAAUGAAAGUGAACCGCGAAAAGCUUCCUGCUUAUUCUAUGAAAGAACAGCUGAUAAAUAUGAUUAAUAAAAAUCAAGUGGUAUUGAUUAGUGGUGAAACGGGAUGUGGCAAAACUACACAAAUUGGUCAGUUUAUUUUAGAUAGUUUUAUUGAAAAUAGAAUGGGAACAAGAUGUCAGAUUAUCUGCACACAACCCAGAAGGAUUAGUGCUAUUGCAGUAGCUGAAAGAGUUGCCCAAGAACGUGUUGAGGAAUUAGGUCAAAGUGUUGGGUACCAAAUAAGACUUGAAAAGAAGUUACCAAGAGAUACCGCCUCCAUAUGUUUUUGUACAACUGGUGUAGUAUUAAAAAAAAUGGAAGAUGAUCCUUCUUUGUCUAGAGUUUCACAUCUUAUUAUCGAUGAAAUUCACGAACGUGCAAUCCCAUCUGAUUUUUUACUUACACUCCUGAAAGAAGUACUAAAGAAGCGGACUAAUUUAAAAGUGAUUCUUAUGAGCGCCACUUUAAAUGCCGAGGAGUUUUCCAAGUAUUUUGACAAUUGUCCCCAUAUAUGUAUUCCCGGUUUUACUUUUCCAGUCCAGCAAUACUUUUUAGAAGAUGUACUACAAGUAACUAAAUUCACAUUUUUUUCAGAAAAGUCAAAAAGAGAUUUCAAAUAUGUAAGACAUCAGAGUGAAGAAGAGCGUGAAUUUGAUAAAUAUAUUUUGCCUCAAAUAAAAAUAAAAGCUGCCGAAAAACAAUAUGAUAGAGAAGUGUAUGAACAACUAUGUAACCCUAAAAGCGAAGAUUUAAAUUUGAACCUAGUAUUAGCAUUACUUGUCAAAAUUUGUCAAAAAGAUGCAAAGGCAAUUUUAAUAUUCCUACCAGGCCUGACUGAUAUCUCUGAUCUUAAUAAGUCUAUUAAAAACUCAAAGCUUUUUGACCCAAAUAAAUAUCUGAUAAUUCCUUUACAUUCGAAGAUGCCGACAGUAGAUCAGAAACAAAUUUUCAAUCCUGCCCCACACGGAAUGAGAAAGAUUAUUAUCUCUACCAACAUUGCAGAAACUUCUAUUACAAUAGAUGAUGUUACACAUGUUAUAGAUUGUGGCAAAAUUAAAAUGUCUGAUUUUGAUGUAGCCACUAAUACGGAAACACUGAAAACAAGAUGGGUAAGUGUAGCAAAUGCAGAUCAAAGAAAGGGUCGUGCCGGUAGAGUACAGGCAGGUACAUGUUAUCAUCUAUUCAGUACAUAUAGGAAAAAGCUUUUGGAUUUAUACCAGAAACCUGAAAUUCUUCGCACAAGAUUAGACGGUACUAUCUUACAAGCAAAAAUAUUACAACUUGGUAAAGUUAAUGAAUUCUUUACUAAAUUAAUGAAUCCUCCAAGUGCCGAAUCUUUAUCGCUAGCACUGGAUCUACUUAAAAGAUUAAACGCUUUAGACGAGAGUGAAAAUUUAACGCCGCUAGGGUACCAUCUAGCAAAAUUACCCAUGUCUCCGCAGAUAGGAAAAAUGGUAUUAUUUGGAGCUAUAUUCAGCUGUUUGGAUCCAAUUCUGUCCAUUGCUACUUCUUUAGAUUUUAAAGACGCUUUUCAGAUUCCAUUAGGAAAGGAAAAACAAGCAGAUGCUAAAAAAAGAGAACUGGGAAAAGGAUUUAUGAGUGAUCACAUUGUUUUGCACAUAGUAAUGGAAAAAUAUGAAAAAAUGAAUAAUACAUCUUUUUGUUAUGAUUAUUUUUUAAGUUCUUAUAUUUUAAAGCUACUAAAGAAGCUGAAAGAACAAUUUAUGGGAUAUCUUCUUGAAUUAAAAUUUGUAUCAGAUUUGAAUCCAAAAAAUGUAGUCAAUAAUGUAAAUUCGGGAAAUAUCAGUUUAGUAAAAGCUGUUGUUUGCGCUGGUUUAUUCCCAAAUGUUGCUAUCGCUAAACAAGAUAGCAGGGGAAUAGUUAGGCAUCUGUAUUCUCCAGACAGACAAACAAGAUACGAAUUCCAUUUGAAAUCAAUACUUACUGUAAAUCAACCUUUCCCAUCGCCUUUAAUAGUAUAUUAUUCAAAAUUAAAAACUAGCAAAGAAUAUAUUCAUGACGCAACAAUGAUAUAUCCUUUACCUCUUAUUUUCUUUGGAGAUCAGUAUAAAGCAUUAACCGAAUCUAAUAAUUUUUUCAUAACAGUUUCCAAUUAUUUAAGAUUUUCUAGCAACGUUUUCACAUAUCAGCUGAUAACAGAGCUAAGAAAUAAAAUGAAUUGGUUCUUAGAGUAUAAAAUUACUUCUCCAGGUGUUGUAGACUGGACUAAUCCUAGUGACAAUCUUAAUAUUUUACAAGCUGUUGUCGAACUUAUAACUGCUGAAGAUAUAGGACAAAUUGAUUCAUUUGAUGAUGAAGACUGGGAUAAUCAAACAGCGAGUUUAGAACAAUACCCUCCAUAUUUUUACAAUUUGUGAGUUUGGUUAAAUUUUGUAAAUUAUUAAUUACUUAUUAAAACCAUUGUUUUUUAUAUAUUA